AUGGCAGGUCAAGGUGGAGUAAGCUAUGGUUAUUGGGAUGGUAUUGUACCUAUUGAAUCCCAACCAAAUCCAGCUAAUAUUCUUCGAUUUAGAGUUAAUACAAAGUGGGAAAUUGCACAUGAACCCCUUAAUUAUGGAGUUGAUUGUCUUUCUAAUUGUGGAGUUGGUCCUGGUAUGGCUUUUGCUAAUGCAAUUCUAAAAAAAGAUCCAAAUUUUGGAGUUAUUGGUUUAGUGCCAUGUUCGAGGUCAGGGACUGGAAUUCAUGCUUGGGUUCCUGGGAAUUUGCCAUACGAACAAUUGAGAAAAAGAGUUAAGAUUUCUCUUAGAGAUGGUGGAACAUUAAGAGCACUUUUGUGGUAUCACGGUGAGAGUGAUUCAAGGGACAAAUACACUGCAAAAUAUUACAAAUCCAAAUUUGAAAAGUUUGUUCAAGACCUACGCACUGAAUUAAAUUCUCCUCUACUUCCUGUUGUUGUGGCUGUUCUAAAUUAUCCUAAACCACCGUUUGUAGGAGAAUUUGUAGAUGUAGUGAGACAAGCACAAUUUGAUAUUGAUCUCCCAAAUGUAAUAAAGGUUGAUGCUAAGGGUCUACCAUUAAAUUCGGAUGGCAUUCAUCUCACAACCCAAGGCCAAGUCAAACUUGGUAAUAUGAUGGCUGAGGCAUUUCUCAAAGCCAAAUUUGAAUCUGCUAAAAAUAAUUCAAACAAGAUUUAUCAUAUGAUGUAG